AUGCCGUCUCUGAAGCGUAUGGAUAGGCCAGUCAUGAGUUCUUCGAGAAAGCGACAGCGAACGAACUCCUCACCCGCCCAGUCCUCGCCAGCCUCGCCAGUCUCGUCGGACGCCCCGAACUCCGUUCUCGUAGUCAACGAUGCCGCUCUUAUAGACGAUGAAGACGAGCUAGAGCUCCGCCAGACCCAAAUCAUUCAAGAAAAAUACUCCCACCUGAUCGACGAAGCGAACGUUCCCGCCGAACAUGGAAUUCUCGAACGCGUAGAGUGCUACAACUUCAUGUGCCAUGAUCAUUUCUACGUGGAGUUGGGGCCCCUUAUCAACUUCAUUACUGGAAAGAAUGGCAGCGGCAAGAGUGCAAUCCUGACAGCGAUCACUCUUUGUCUCGGCGGUAAAGCCUCGGCGACAAACCGUGGCCAGAGCUUGAAGAACUUCAUCAAAGAGGGGAAAGAGAACAGCACUAUCAUCGUUCGCAUCAAAAACCAAGGCGAUGGCGCUUAUCUGCCAGAUGACUUCGGCAAGACGAUCAUUGUUGAGCGUCACUUCUCUCGAAGCGGCACGAGCGGGUUCAAAAUCAAGUCAGAGAAUGGGCGCAUCGUCUCGACGAAAAAGUCAGAGCUAGAUGCGAUCACGGACUACUUUUCUCUGCAGAUCGAAAACCCUAUGAAUGUUCUUUCGCAAGACAUGGCCCGGCAGUUCUUGAGUACAUCAAGCCCAGCUGAAAAAUACAAAUUCUUUGUCAAAGGUGUCCAAUUAGAACAGCUUGACCACGACUACCGGCUGGUUGAAGAGUCCCUUGACUCCAUUGAGGAGAAGCUCAGAGGCGCAGCUCAGAAUACACAGGUCUUCGAGAACCGUAAGGAAAUAGCUAGGAAAAAACUCGAAAUCUCUGACCAGCAUGAUUCUCUGCGAGCACGGGUCAGAAAUAUCCGAAGCCAAAUGGCUUGGGCUCAAGUCGAAGAGCAAGAAAAGAUCGAAUUAUCACUCGCCGAACAAAUUGCCGAUGCAGGCCAGAAAAUUGCCGAUGCCGAAUCCCAGCUCACUCGAUUUGAUGCAGCGUUUGAUGAGGUGGCCGCAGAGGAGACAUCCGCUGGAGAACAUUCCUGGAGAGCUGCCGUGGCAGUCACUACGGCCCAAGAUGAAAGGGACAAAACAAAGGAAAGAUUGGAUACUGAGAUAGCUAGACGACAUGAUCUACAAAAAAAAAAGGCAGAAAAGCGCCAAAUCAAUGAAUAUAUCAAAGCAGCGAAAUCUAGGAUACAAGAAACCCAGCAAAAAGUCGACGAUGAAAACCGGCGUCUCGCUGAUGUGAGCGAUGGCGGCUAUGCUCGAAAACAAGACGAGUGUGAACAUGCAGUCAAUGAGGCUGCCGCUGCUCGAAGUGAAUAUGAAGAGCAUCGCAAAGGUGCCGCUACCCUACGUGAAGAUGCCGAAGCUUCCCAAAGGGACCUCUUAGAAGCGAGAGGCCCACGCGAACGCAAAAAGGAAGAAAUUGACCAAGCAGAGAAGCAAUUGGAAAAUCUCACCAGAGAAGGCGGAUCAAGACAGUCACUCCCAAAAAUGACCGCACUUCUCAGAGCCAUUCAGCAAGAAAAAUCUUUCAAAUCACCUCCUGUCGGCCCAAUAGGCCAUCACGUCACUUUGCUAAAUCCAAAGUGGUCAUCUAUCCUAGAAAGGAUGUUUGGUGGCACACUUACUGGCUUCAUCGUCUCGUCCAAGAGUGAUAUGGAUCUUCUUUCCAGGGUCAUGAAGCGAGUUCAGUGCAACUUUCCAAUCUUCAUUGGCUCUGGUGGUCAUUUAGAUACAUCGGCACAUGAACCAGACUCUAAGUAUGACACUGUCUUGCGAAUACUUCAGAUCGAUAACGAAUUAGUGCGGCGACAACUGAUCAUUAAUCAUGGAAUUGAACAAAUUCUGUUGAUCGAGAAUGUGAAAACUGCUUCCUCUACGCUCUUCGACGGUGCACGACCAAGAAAUGUCAAACGGUGUUACUCCAUCGAUGCACAAGAUCGUCGCCGAGGAUUUCAAUUAUCGUACAGUCGAGCCGGAGAACCGAGUCAGGCUCCCGUUUCGGGGUGGACAGAAGCCCCGCGCAUGAAAUCCGAUGUGGCCUUGCAAAUUCGGGCACAACGUGAUAUUGUUGCCGACCUCAAGCGCCAACAGAGUGAGAUUGAACAAGACAUAUUAACUGCCUGUUCACGUGCCGAGGCCUGCAAGCAGGCGGUGGUCCGACACGGAAGAACCGAAAAAGAGUUGCUGUACCAAAUGCAACGAAUGGCAGAGCGUGCCGAAGAACUCAAAGACGCCUUAGAUAAAGAGAACGCCGAGGAUGGACGCAUCGAUGCACUGCAGGCAGCUCUCAGGGAAGCCGAGGAAGAGCAGCAGCUCAAUGAGGGAUCAUUGAACGAUAGCGAGGCAGCCAUGGGAGCCAUGAUGCAGACCCUCAAAGAAAUUCGGCGAGAACUCUCCGCCCAAGACGCUGAUCUUCUGACCCUCCGAGAAAGAUUAAAUGUUGCUGAAAGCGAGCAGAAACUUGUGAAAAUGAAACAAACCAAAAUACUCGACGAGAAGAACGAGGCUGUUGCGCUCAUCGACCGAGAUAAACAGACAAAGGUUGCAAUUGAGACGAGAAGAGACCAAGUCAAAGCGCGGGUUCUCGAAUACAACGCAAAAGCCAGCAUGGUCUCACCUCGAGUUCCCGUGGACGAAGGAGAAACACCCGCGAGCUUGGAUAAAAAGCUUGAUAGACUAGGCCGGGAUCUAGAACGCUAUAACUUGGAGUUGGGAAGUUCUCGUGAGGAAAUUGCUGCAGAGGCAACAAGAACCGCUGCUGCUUAUAAUCGAUCUUUGCAGCAACUUGAACAAUUUUCCGCAUUGAGUCAAGCUCUCAAAGAUACCCUCCAAAAUCGCAAGAAGCGAUGGGAGAUCUUCAGAUCUCACAUCUCAUCCCGGGCCAAGGCCCAAUUCACCUAUCUCUUGAGCGAGAGAAGCUUUCGUGGUCGGCUUCUGGCUGAUCAUACCAAUAAGCUUCUAGAUCUACAAGUUGAGCCUGACAUUACCAAAGACGACAGCACCGGGAGAGGUGCGAAGACAUUGUCCGGUGGAGAAAAAUCAUUCUCGCAAGUCUGCCUCUUAUUGUCUUUAUGGGAAGCAAUGGGAUCUCCGAUCCGCUGUCUUGAUGAAUUUGAUGUUUACAUGGAUCAUAUCAACCGCAAGAUGGCCAUUGAUAUGCUUAUGGGCGCCGCCAGACGAUCGAUCGGGCGACAGUUUAUUUUGAUCACACCUGGUAGCAAGACCGACAUCACCAUCUCUGCAGAUGUCAUGGUGAAGGAGUUGGCAGAGCCAGAGCGUGGUCAGACGACAUUAUCUUUCCGUUAG